AAAAGAAUUGCCUUAUACGAGUUCACAAUCAACCAAUUGCAGCCUGCGGCCAACACUUGUUCGCUCAACAGAGACCACACCACCGAAUUCCUGAUGAUGAUGCAGCGUCGUGUCCUAUUGGCAGCCUCCGCAGUGCUGCGUCGGGCGCCAUCCACCGCCUUGCGAUCUACUACUAAUGCUCUGGUUACACGCUGGAGCUCAACCGCUUCGGACCCGCCUAAGCGCACGGUGCAGGUGUUGCACAACAAGCCACAGACCAGCUACGUGCAGGUUGAGCAGGACAUCGCCGUCAUGCAGCGCGAGAUCCGUGACGCUUACAACUCUGGAGACUACCAAGCCGCACUGGACGCCGGUCUCCAGUGCCGAGACCUGGUCAAAUCGCACUUCGGAGAGAACCACCCGGUGUAUGCCAGCACAGUCACCAACAUCGCCCUCAUGUACAAGAAUCUAGGCCAGAUGGAGGAGGCCGUAGAGGCCUACGAGUUCGCGCUACAGACGUACAAGGCCAGUGUGGGCGAGCAGCACGCGUCCUUCGCCACAACGCUGUACAACCUCGGCCUUGUGUACCGCGCCCUUGCAAUCUCUAGUUCUGGUAUGGAGCGUGUGAGUGCACUACAUCGUGCACUCGAGUGCUUCGAGGAAUCACUCAAGAUCCGCCGCAAUAUCCUCGAGCCAGGACAUCCCGACAUCGCGCUUAGUAUGAGCAACAUGGGCGUCAUCCACUGGCAAAACAAACAGUCGGAAAAAGCUUUCGCUGCGCUCGUUGAGGCGGUGGAUCUGCUAGAGAAGAAGGUGGGGCCCAAUAGCUCACUUACGGCUUUGGCGAAGAACAACCUCGCAUAUGCAAAGAAGGAGGCGAGAGAGUACGGCGAGGCUAUCAAACUGUAUGAAGACGUGCUGAAUGUGCGGAAGCAGGUGCUCGGCUCGGCACAUAACGAAACGAUCAUGGCACGUCAUAACCUUGCCGAGGCCUACCGCUCGAGUGGAAACGAGGAUAAGGCAGUGGAGAUCCAGAAUGAGAUUCUGGAACUGUUUGACGCAGAGGUUGGAGAGAAAUCGAAGUAGAUAAAGGCCAGAUUUGACAAUCAAAAUGCGUGGAUUUAUUACGUUAGGGU